AUGCCGGACACUGAUCCCGCCAACCCAGGCCGUGACACUUCGGCCGAGGCCGGCGCUCGAGACAACGCCGGCGAAGGUUCCUCGUCGGCCGGUCCCGUACCUCCGGUGCCCGAGGAGGAUCCGAUGCGUGUCCCGCGGUACCUGAAGCUCAACCGUGGACUCUUACCGUCGGAUUCCUCCUGGUCCAACGACCCAAAUCUCAUGAACUUGGAGACGUACUUCUCCCGCGACCCAGAGGUUCCUAGUCUUGCCGAGAGCUUUAAUCUUGACAAUCUCAUCCCUAUCAUGGUAAAGGUCGAUUACGACCGCGGCGACACCUAUCUCCUCACCGUCUAUAAGACGAAUAACUACUACCUUUGGAACGAAACAGACACCGCCAUGUGGGCCUUCAGGAAGCCUAACAAGGAGUCGCUGGAGCUCGAGCAUGUGGUUGAAUUGGUCCGUACUGAAACCUACGGCGGCAAGGAUCUGAUUCAACAGUACAGAAGCAGGGAGGGCAGCUGGGGACAAGGCUAG